CCCGCCCCCAGCUGCCCAGUCAUGGGGGCUGCUGUGUUUUUCGGGUGCACCUUCGUCGCGUUCGGCCCAGCCUUCGCCCUUUUCCUGAUCACUGUGGCUGGGGACCCGCUGCGGGUGAUCAUCCUGGUCGCGGGAGCCUUUUUCUGGCUGGUCUCCCUGCUCUUGGCCUCUGUGGUCUGGUUCAUCUUGGUCCAUGUGACAGACCGAUCAGAUGCUCGGCUCCAGUAUGGCCUCCUGAUUUUUGGUGCUGCUGUUUCUGUCCUUCUACAGGAAGUGUUCCGCUUUGCCUACUACAAGCUCCUUAAGAAGGCAGAUGAGGGCUUAGCAUCGCUGAGUGAGGACGGACGAUCACCCAUUUCCAUCCGCCAGAUGGCCUAUGUUUCUGGUCUGUCCUUCGGUAUCAUCAGUGGUGUCUUCUCUGUUAUCAAUAUUUUGGCCGAUGCACUUGGGCCAGGUGUGGUUGGGAUCCAUGGAGACUCACCCUAUUACUUCCUGACUUCAGCCUUUCUGACAGCAGCCAUUAUCCUGCUCCAUACCUUUUGGGGAGUUGUGUUCUUUGAUGCCUGUGAGAGGAGACGGUACUGGGCUCUGGGCCUGGUAGUUGGGAGUCACCUGCUGACUUCAGGACUGACAUUCCUGAACCCUUGGUAUGAGGCCAGCCUGCUGCCAAUCUACGUAGUCACUGUGUCCAUGGGGCUCUGGGCGUUCGUCACAGCUGGAGGCUCCCUCCGAAGUAUCCAACGCAGCCUCUCGUGCCGACGGCAGGAGGACAGUCGGGUGAUGGUGUAUUCUGCCCUGCGCAUCCCACCCGAGGACUGAGGGAGCAUGGGGGGGACCCCUGGGCCUGGGGUGCCCUCCCGACCUCCUCCUGUAUUUCUCCAUCUCCAGUUCUGGACAGUGCAGGUUGCCAAGAAAAGGGACCUAGGUUAGCCAUGGCCCUGGUGACGAAGUUACCGGAGGCUCAAGGGUAGAUGAGUUCAGUUUUCCAGUAUCUCCUGCCCAGACUGGACAUCUUGGUCUUUUUCUCAGGUCUGAAAGGAACCAUUUUUGGUAUGAUAAUGACCCCAGAAAUGCCUUUUUUUUUUUUAAGUGUGUGGGGGAGGAGGUAUCCUGGGAGCUUCCGAACCUCUGUGGGGCUGUACUUCGCUCCUGAAACUGCUGAUCAUGGCUCAUUUCUAUCCCACUUUCCCCUUGGUCCCAGGCCCUGGGGAAAAGGAAGGAAGUGCAUGUUUGGGAACUGGUACCACUGGAACUCGUGUUUUAACGUCCGUGACCAUCAGCACCCCUCCGCUCCCCAAGGUGAAGUGGAGGGUGCUCUGGGGGUCGGUCCAUUCCAUGGCAGCGCCCCUGGAGGAGUCAGACUACCAUGGCAUGCAGGCCAAGAGGGCAGACAUUUUUUCUAGUUUUUAAUUGGGGUGUGGGAGGGCUGGGGAGGUUUUCUAUCACUGUGUCAUUUUUCUGCUGAGGGUGGGAUAUCCCAUCCUUUUAAUCAAGGUGAUUGUGAUUUUGACUAAUAAAAAGGACUUUAUAA